AUUUUUCGUUUCACAUAAAUUACUCAGAUUCAAUGUCGCCGAGCUGGGUGCUAUGUCGCGCGACAUACCGUACGAAGCGCAGGUGAUUGUCAAACGUAUGUCACGUGACCCCAAAGUGAACAUGACUGCCGAUUGGAAGCUCAUCACACUACUCGUUGGUAAUAAUGAUUUUUGCUCUGAUGUUUGCUUUCUACCACGACCUGAGGAUGCAAUUAAAAGGCAUGAGGAGAAUAUGGUGAAAACUUAUCGUUAUUUGCGUGACAAUGUACCACGCCUUAUGCUGAAUGUAGUACCAGCACCAAGGCUGGACUUUUUGGUGGGCCUUAGCAGUAAGACGCCAGUGUGUCAUACUACUCUAACAUUUGAAUGCCCCUGUUUGGUGGGGAAGCCCAAGCAGCAAGUAGCGAGGAUGAAACAAUUAAUGAAAAAGUGGGCUGCUAAGGAUAGGGAGAUAGUGAAUAGAGCUGAGUUCAAUUCGGAGACAUUCACCAUCAGCAUACAACCAUUUACUUUAUUUGAUGACUUCUUCCCGUCCAGCGAUGACGCGGGCAAAUUCAAGUUUCUUUCAGAGGACUGUUUCCAUCUUAGUCAGCGUGGACAUGCUAUUAGUGCCAAUUAUCUGUGGAAUAAUAUGUUGGAAGACGACGACAAUAAAAGCAUUAUGACGGAACCAAGACUGUUGGAGAAUUUCCACUGCCCGACAGCGGAACACCCUUAUUUUAUGACACGCGUCAACAGCCGUAAAGAUUUUCAAUUGUGACUUUGAUUUUGAACUUCGAUUAACGGUCGCGAGACGUCACGUUUUAUCGAUUGAUUUCUGGGGGAAAAAUGUGAAUAAUUCAAUAAUAAAAUUCUGUGAUAAAUUAGAUAUAAGUGCAUAGAGCCAAUAGUCUUAGUUAGUCAUGUGCCGAUACAUAUGCUUGCAAAUACAUUUACAUACUACACGUAAAAUUGACUUUGCAAUAAAAAACCUAUAAGUAUUUAUAAAAUAGUCAUACAUUACGAAUAAACGUAAGUACGGGAAUAAAUUGUUUAAAUGCUAGUUAUUAAUGCAAAAUAUAAACGUGAUAUUUGUAAAAUAAAUAUGUAU